GUCACACUGGGCAGACAUCACGUCCUGCUGCAGCUGAGGAGGCAGAGCUGAGCGCAGAGGGAAGGGGAGGAGAAAGGCUCACCACACAAACCACUGCAGUCUUCCAAACCAGAGGUGACUGUGGAGCUCAGCAACUGCCCAAUGAGCUGGACUCCCUCUCUUUCAGGGAAAAGAUGGUGCAGCUGAAGAAGAGCUUUAUAGUCUUCAUCGUGUUGCUCUCAGUGGCUCUUGCAGGGAGCAGACAAGGGGCCCUCGGGGUUUGCUGCAAACCCCACUCAAGACUGCCUGGUGAUGUGAACUGCCAGUGCUUUCUGCAGGACUGCCCUGUCAGAACGGUCACCGUGGACAAAGGGAUUUGUGGAGAAGCUGCAAUGUGUAUUUCCAGCAGGACUGAAAACCUUCUGGAGCCACCACUGACACACAAAGAACUUCCCAGACCUAUGACUGCAAAGAGAGUUGUCUCUGCAGGAUUUUACCCUUCUUCUGGACUGCCAGCCUUCCUAAUACUAUUCUCCAAAUGUUUUCCCAGGAAACUGUUGGGCUUUCAAAGGGCAUCAGGGCCAGGUUGUCAUCAAGUUGCCAGCAUGAGUCUACCUGACUGCCAUCACAGUGCAGCACAUCCCCAAAGAUGCCUCUCCAAGUGGGCCAUCAUCAGUGCCCCCAGAGACAUUGCUAUCUUGGGAGUGGAUGCAGACAGAGAAGAGGAAACUCUCCUGGGGGUGUUCACCUACAAUGUGGAAAAAAACCCCACACAGACUUUCCCUCGGAAGAACAUGCUGCUCCCCAGAGCCUUUUCACAGGUCAAACUUUUUGUGAAGAGCAACUGGGGAAACCCAUGGUGUACCUGCAUUUACCAAGUGAAGGUUCACGGAAAGAUGGAAAACCAGAAAGCCUCAAACCAGGGCCAAGAUAAAUAAAGAAGAAAACACAAAAGAAUAAGAAAGGGCAGGGGGAAGAGGGAAAUGGGGGGGAAUGAUGCGGUAGCCCAAUGUUGAUUUUAGAGGAUGCAUGUGGGACCGUGCACCUGAUGCACGGUGCAGAGGAUGCACCUGACCAUGUCAGGUGAGUUUUAGGUAAGAUAUUAGGAAUUAUAGAAUCAUUUAAUACCCUCUGUUGAAAGGGACCCACAAGGAUCAUCAAGUCCAACUCCUGGCCCUGCACAGGACAGCCCCAACAACCACAUCAUGUGUCUGACAGCUGACUCAGUGCCAUGACCAGUUCUCUGGGAAGCCUGCUCCAGUGCCCAACCACGCUCUGAGUGAAGAACCAUUUGGGUAAAGAAACUUCUGGGUGAAUCAGAAUCUGCUGACUUAGAGGGGACCCACAAGGAUCAUCAAGUCCAACUCCUGGCCCUGAACAGGAGCAUCCCAACAAGCACACCACAUGUCUGACAGCUGACUUGGUGCAGUAGCCAAUUCACUGGGGAACCUGUCCCAGUACCUGACCACAUUCUGGGUUCUGCUUCUUCACCCAGAAUGUUCUUCACUCAAAAGGAGAAGGUUCAUUACCCAAAGGUUCCUCACCAGUUUCUUCUGGACAGUUACAGGCUCUUUGGGAGGGGUAGGCAGGACAGAAGAGGUGUAGGGGUCCCUUCCAAGUCAGAGGUUCCAUGGUUCCAUGAUUCUAUGAUUCCAUGACCAGCUGUUUCCAACCUGUCUCUUGUAAACCCCUGACACAGUGCUAUACGUGCCCUAUCCCAGAAGCAGAGUGGAAGCCACAAGUCCACGGUUUAAGACAAUGGCAGAAUGCAUGGAAACAUCUACUCCUUGACCGUGGAUGUGUAGUGAGAGACUAAUUUGUGCCAGAGCCUAGCACUAUUGACUAAAACAAAUAAAGCCAUAGGCCCUGGGAAUUGUACUUCAACUUUUGUUUGAUCAGUAGAACUGUAAGCAGUAAAUAAGGAAGCAAAGGAUGGGGACUCUACCACCUCCCUGGGCAGCUCCUUCCAAGGCCUGACCACCCUUUCAGUGAAGAAAUUCCUCCUGAUGUCCAACCUGAACCUUCCUUGGCACAGCUUGAGGCCGUUCCCUCUCCUCCUGUCCCUGUUCCCAGGGAGCAGAGCCCGACCCCCCGGCUGUCCCCUCCUGUCAGGGAGUUGUGCAGAGCCACAAGGUCCCCCCUGAGCCUCCUUUGCUCCAGGCUGAGCCCUUUCCCAGCUCCCUCAGCUGCUCUUCAUCAGACUUAUGGCAUAUGACUUUUAGCUAGGAUUUCUCGGCAAACCCCUUUGUAGCAACCUCGUGCUGGUUUACCGUCACUUAAG